AAGAGAGACAGGAUACAUGCUUCAUAGUUAGCAACAUUGACUAGCUUUCCGACUUUGCCUGGCCACCAUGGAAUGGGGGCAAAGUUGGUUGAGAUCACCAGUUGUUCGGGACUCCGAAGUAACGCAAGCCGCACGUAGGGUGGCAUUCCCCGUGGCCCAAGAUGGUACUCCAGGUACCACAACACCUGCACGAACAGCCCGGACACCUGGCUCCCAUUUCAAACAGUCAUUCACCCCUAAGAGUGCUCUUAGAAACCCAGAUGUUUCUGCUAUCUUGGGUACUGGAAGCAGAUUUUCUCGAUAUGUCAACACACCUCGGCCUACGGGCAGCCUGAGCAUGACGAAUUUGGAUGACAGUGACUGGACUAACAGCCUUUACCCAUCUCCACUGUCUGGCCUUGGAGAUACUAGUUUUACUAAUGACGUCAACACGAGUGCUGUUAUGUUGAAGGAAGAAGAUCCUGGAGAAGCUGCUUGUCUCAGCCUGUUCCCAGAGUUCCUGCAGUCAUUCUUGCGCCACUCAUCCAGUGCUGUCUUUGACCUGCUGGAGGAGUAUGAGGCCGUCUGCCAGGACAAGGUCAGUAUGCUGCAGAAGCUAGUCCUUAGGUCUGCUCCAGGACAGCAGAAGUCCUCAAAGACGGCCAGCAUCACUUGGCUCCUGCAGCAAGAGAUGGUCACUUGGCGCCUCAUCACGUCUUUGUAUAAAGACAGAGUACAGUCAGCACUGGAAGAUGAUAUCAUGAUGGAUGUGGCUGCUCCCAGUGAGAGUGAGAAGGUUGUGAUGGAGCAGCUGUUUCAGAGAGACAGUGUGGUGAGACAGAGUCAGCUGGUUGUGGAUUGGCUGGAGAGCAUCGCAAAAGACGAAAUUGGAGACUUCUCAGAUAACAUUGAGUAUUAUGCCAAAUCUGUGUGCUGGGAGAACACUUUACACACUCUGAAGCUGAGGAGAGGCCAGACAAACUCAGGCUUCAGCAGACCUCUAGUCACUGAACUGGACCCAGAUGCACCAAUCAGACAGAAGAGACCCCUGGCAGACCUGGACAGAGAGGACGAUGCCAGACUGCUCAAAUACCUCUUCACUCUUAUAAGAGCUGGCAUGACCGAUGAGGCUCAAAGACUGUGUAAACGCUGUGGACAGGCAUGGCGUGCAGCUACACUGGAAGGCUGGAAACUUUAUCAUGACCCUAACAUUAACGGUGAUGGUGCAGUACUACAGCAUGUGGAAGGAAACCCUCACAGGGCAGUGUGGAAGGUGUGCUGCUGGAGGAUGGCAGAUGAGGAGCAGUUCAACAGAUACGAAAGAGCCAUCUAUGCUGUCCUGAGUGGAAACCUCAAGCAGCUUUUGCCAGUGUGUGAGUCAUGGGAGGACACGGUCUGGGCGUAUUUCCGAGUGCUGGUGGACUCUCUGGUGGAGCAGGAGAUUCGGUCCUCUGGCAUGGCCAGUGAGGAACUAGAGGAACUGCCCAGAGAGUACCUGGAGGCCAACUGGACAUUGGAAAAAGUGUUUGAAGAACUGCAAGCAACUGAGUCCAAGAGAGUUUUGGAGGCAACCAAAGAACAUUACCACAUUAUUCAGAAAUUUGUCAUUCUUGGAGAUCUGGAUGGUCUGCUUGAGGAGUUCAGUGAUUGGCUAAGAAGGAGUCCAGCGUUACCUUCCCAUCUUCUUCGCUUCAUGACUCACCUGGUGCUGUUUUACAGAAGUUUGGGCAUGCAGCUCAAGGAGGAGGUGUCGGUUGAUGUGUUGAAAGCCUACAUUGGGUUGCUGAUCAGAGAUAAGCAGAUUGAUCUGAUCGCCUUCUAUGUCAGUCACUUACCUCCCGACACGGCCGUUACCCAGUAUGCCCAGUUCCUGGAGGAGGUGACGGAGACCGAGCAACGAAAGCACUGUUUGGAGCUGGCCCGCCAAGCAGGCCUCGAUGUGGCUGCUGUCACUAAGACAGUGGUGGAGACCAUCAGGGAGAGAGAUACUGACGAGUUUGCCCACCAUGACCUCACCCCUGCAUUGGAUUCAGGGACCACAGCGGAGGAUCAACAGAAGAUUGAUGUGAUUGAUUGGUUAUUGUUUGACCCCGCCCAGCGAGCUGAGGCACUGAAACAGAGCAAUGCCAUCAUGAGAAAGUUCCUUGCUUCCAAAAAACACGAUGCCGCUAAGCUGGUAUUUGCCAAGGUGCCGGAGGACUCCAUGCCUGAAGUCUGCCGCCAAUGGGAAGAGCAGGGCAUGGACCUGCCCCUUCCUGCUGAGGAUGAGAAUGCUAUUCGUGAGCACCUGUGUAUCCGAGCUUACCUGGAGGCACAUGAAGCCUUUAAUGAUUGGUUCAGGCAUAUGAACUCUCCUCCAGUGAAGCCCACCUUGCCUGCUCAGGCCAAGUUCACAGAGAAGGUUGCCCAUGAGAUGAAGGAGAAAGAGUACAAGAUGGAGCAUGAUAACUGGAAAGGGCGUUUAGAGGCUCUGACUGAGGAUGUGAAGGAGAGGAUCUAUAACGUCCUGUUAUUUGUGGAUGGGGGCUGGAUGGUCGAUGUCAGAGAGGAUGCGGAGGACAACCCUGAACGUUCUCAUCAGAUGAGUUUACUGCGGCGUCUGUGUCUGCCUAUGAUGGCCUUCCUCCUACUCACCGUGCUCCAACGCACAGAACGCCACCAGGAGAGUCUGCGCUUAGCCGACAUCAUUGCCUCUGACCAGCAUCGUCUUUAUGAUGUCUUUUCAAAGGAAGAGUUACAGAAAUUCCUUCAGAAGAUGAGAGAGUCCUCCCUGCUCUUACUUGAUAAAGACCUGGAUCCCUUGGGAUAUGAAAUUCAGCCCUGAGUAUCUCUCUCUCUCUCUCUCUGUCUUUUGUGUUGUGUGUUUGAAAAUAAUCUAACUGUGUUGUUAUCAUUU